AUUUGCCUCUCCAACUAUACCCAUUUCUUCCUUAACCUCACUUACCUCCUCCAGGCUGCUGCACACUUUCCCCCACUUCCCUCUCCCACUUCCCACUUCCACCUCUCUCGUCCCACUUUACUUCCUCCCUACUCCCCGAUCCAGGUUUUUUCUUCUCUAGUUCAUCCUCUCCUUGAACUCAUCGAUCUAUCCUUUUUUUCUUUCUUUCUUGUCCUUCCUUCCUUACUUCCUUCUUUUCUUCUUGAUCUACUCGUCGGUCGAUUUGACUGGUUCUGAUUGAUUCCCUUGGACGGGUCCAUUAUUCCUCCACUACAUGUGAUUAUCCCGACCGCAGUUGGUUCGGCUUCCCAAGUGAGUUGGCAACCACUCAUCAAUACAAAACGGAUCCCGACCCCCGAUUUGCCCCUACACAAUGGAAACAGAGCAACAACCGUUACCGGACGUGUCUCCCUCGCAUCCCGACCUCAGCACCUCCGAGGAGGAUGCCUCACCCUCCAUGACCCCCCACCCCGCGUCGAUACCCUCCCUCCGUCCGACCUCCCGCGAUACCGCCUCCGCCCCCGGCAUCACGGCGUCCUCCACCCACAUUGGCCAAAUCAAUGCCGCUCGACGUGGUGCCGGGACCCCGCCCCGACCGCAACCCUCCAUGAGCGGUGCGCAGCCCGGUGGGUUGAACCAGGAUAUCAUGGCCAAGAUGAGGGCCUUUUCGCUGUCCCGUCAAGGCGCACCCCCCAGCUUGUCCCAAAGCGCGUCGACGGGGGCCGUUCCCAGACCCUCUUCGGGGGUUCCCCCAAGCCCCGUGUCCAGACCCUCUCCGCCUCCCGUCAAUGGCCCAUUGGCCGGUGCCACCCCGGGGCGUCUUCCGCCGGUCGCUCGUCCAGGCACCAAGAAUUGGGCCUCCUCCCCGUCAAUUCCGGCCAGUUCGAGCCCGGGUACCUCGCCAAGACCUGGAGGGUUGGCUGCGAAGCGGAUGAAACCGGGGCUGAAACUGUCCGAUGCGACGGGGUCGUCGAAUGAGUCGCCGGGAGCCAAUCCCGCCGCCAAGGGUCCCAGUGGGUCGGGCGAAAGCGCCUUCAGCAAAUAUUCGGAAUAUAUCGACACCAAGACCGGGACGUUAAACUUCAAGAACAAGGCGAUCCUUCACGGAGGGGGCGUGGAAUUCUCGUCGGGACAUAGUUUCAAGAUCUCCUUGGAUGAGGUGGAUCGGCUGGAGGAGCUGGGCAAGGGCAACUAUGGCACGGUGUACUUGGUUCGACACCGGCGGCCUUCGAUGCGCAAACCGGGCAUGGGGCUCGGUGGGAUUGCGAAACGUCCAGAAGCGCCGGAGGCGAGCUCGAACCCCCCCCAGGAUAAUCUGUCCGGGAUUGUCAUGGCGCUGAAGGAGAUCCGUUUGGAGCUGGAUGAGAGCAAAUUCGCCCAAAUCCUGAUGGAGCUGGAUAUCCUUCAUCGCUGCGUGUCCCCUUUCAUUAUCGACUUUUACGGCGCCUUCUUCCAGGAAGGGGCGGUCUACAUCUGCGUGGAGUACAUGGAUGGCGGUUCGAUCGACAAACUCUACAAAGGCGGCAUUCCUGAGAACAUCCUCCGGAAAGUGGCCCUCUCGACGGUCAUGGGAUUGAAGACCCUCAAAGACGACCACAACAUCAUCCACCGCGACGUGAAACCGACGAAUAUCUUAAUCAACUCCCGGGGGCAGGUUAAGAUCUGCGAUUUCGGCGUCAGCGGGAAUCUCGUCGCCAGUAUCGCCAAGACGAACAUUGGCUGUCAGAGCUACAUGGCCCCCGAACGGAUUGCCGGUGGCGGUGUCCAGCAGUCCGGAGCUAGCGGCGGUGGAACUUACAGCGUGCAGAGCGACGUCUGGAGCUUGGGCCUGACCAUCAUCGAAUGUGCUAUUGGUCGGUACCCAUACCCUCCGGAGACGUUUAACAACAUUUUCAGCCAGCUCCACGCCAUCGUUCACGGCGAUGCCCCAACGCUCCCCGAAACGGGCUACUCGGAGGAAGCGCACGCUUUUGUCCGCGCCUGUCUGGACAAGAGCCCGAAUAACCGCCCAUCAUACACCAUGUUGCUCCGUCAUCCCUGGCUCGCCCCGCUCAUGAAGCCUCCCACCGAGUCCAAUGGCAGUGCCGAGGGCCACGAAGAAAGCGGCUCUUCCGUGACUGAAGAUCCGGAGGUGGCCGAAUGGGUCCAGGACAGGCUGAAACUCCGUCAGCAGAGUCAGCAGAAUGGAUCUGACAAGCCUGCCUUGCACGCCGUCGCGUUGGAUGCGGUUCCUGGUAGUCCCCUUCUUGACGAUCCGUCUGCGAUGUUCCAGGGAUAGACUACAACUCUAGGGAUAAAGACGUGUCUUGUUUUUGAUACUAUGGUUUGGGGAGCGUCUCGCCUCGAAUCGACCCCGGUUAACUCAACGCAAGCACGUUUAUCAGGCCGCACUCGGCGGGACAUCCAGCAGUCAACUCUAUCCCCGCAUUAUGUUAUGUCUUACCAGUAUCAACCCAAACAACCCUGGUCGACUUGAAAAUCACAACAUUGAAACAGUGACAGAUCUGACAUCGGGUUGGGUUGUGUUGUUGGAUACCUCUUUCUGAUCUGAUAUGAUACCUGAUUUCCGAUAUUAAAUCAUGUGUAACGAGUAUGGAGGGAUGUAGUACUGGGUAUGAUGUUUACAGCCAUUUCAUUUCAUUUCAUUUUGAUCAGUUCACUUCGCAUUGGUGAUGAAGGCUAGGGAUUUAACGAUGGAUUAUAUCAUGUUAUUAGGAUUCAACAAGAUAGAGCCAAAUUUUUUUUUUUU